CCUGGGCCCUACCUGUGUGACAACUGUCCAACGACAAAACAAAACAUGCUUGACGUUGCGCCGUGGAGGGUGAGGAUCAUCUAGUUUUACACAACAACGAUAAUAUGAGGUAACUUGUAACUGUCCCAUAAAAUAUUCUCAGAUCUGCAAAACGGAAUUUCUCGGCUUACGAGCGAAAUAUUCUAGACAGUAUUAAACAUAGUGGUCUCAUUCAUUCUGCUUUUCACAAUGAAUUUCCUGGAUCUUCCGGAAGAAAUACAACUGUACAUAUUCCGCUAUGUUCCCAAACACGACCUUGGAAAGCGUGUGCGCCUCACGUGCAAGACGUUUUAUGACUUGACCUUUGAUCCCUGUCUCUGGCACCACAUCGAGAUAAACAAAUACAAGUUGGAUUCUUCCUUUUAUCUGGAUUUACUACAAAGAGUAUCUGGACACGUUGAACACAUCAGCACGCGACAUGGUCGCCAUAGCAACCUGGCUAUUCUAGGUGACAAGACAGUUACCUUCCCAGGUUUACAGAGCAUUGACCUUGACCUGGAAUCAGAAAACAUUGACCUUGUUAACUCGUUUCUGUGUCGACAUCCAGCAGUGAAGGAUAUUUCACUUAGUGGUCCAUUAACUGACGUCCUUAGUGUGGUGAACACACUUUCAAAUUUGCCAAGUCUUAAUUUGAGGAAAAUUUGUUUUUCUUGCACAGACGAAGAUGGCUGCGAAGACAUGCACUUUGACGGGUUGGUAAAUUUUGUAUUACAGAAUAAACACUUAGAAAUCCUCGCGAUUUAUUGUGACGAGUUAUCGGAUGACGCUGUUCAGUGUAUGCUAUCUUUCAAAGACAUUGCAUUAAAAUGCAUAUCGUUAAACGACUGUUCUCGCAUUUCACAGAUCGCGUUUUCAGGAAUAGAAAAAGUUACCUCCCUUGUUUCUCUCUCGCUUGACAACACAAAUGUAGAUGACAACGCCCUUGAUCAGGUCGCGCAAAACUGUCCGAAUCUUCAGCGUCUGUCCGUACAAGGUUGUGCAUUGGUCACAGAUGUGGGUUUCGUUCAUAUCGCCGAACACUGCGGUCAGCUUCAGGACUUGAUCGUCAAUAGUCUGGAAAUGCAGAGCCCGACUGGACGGAAUAUAACCGACCUGGGUCUGACGUCAUUGGCACAUGGAUGCCCACGACUUAAGCGGCUCGUUGUCAAUAAAUGUCCAGGAGUUAGUAGCACUGGUCUUAUUGAAAUUGCUAAACAUUGUCGAGACUUGGAGGAAAUCCGUGUCGCUGAAUGUUUGUCUGUCACAGAUGCCAGCGCUAUAGCUCUUGCUGUGAAUUGCUCAGCUCUGAGAAUAGUGAAUUUGAAUUCGUGUCUACAAAUCACUUCCGAGGCUGUCAAUAGGCUUGUAGUUGCUUGUAAUAACUUGCAUUCUCUUCAUCUAGAAACAUGCCGAUUUAUGUCGAAAUUAAAAUUCGAUGACAUCAUAACCAACAAUGGCGGCUCUGGAAUGGAUCACGUUGGAACUAUUAACGGCCAACUUGACAGCGGUGCAACUGACAGCGACGGAAAGUGUGAUACCUUCAAUCCUGAAACACCCAUUCAAAUGAUUACAGAAGAACGUCCAUUGGGUACAACUUCCACUGUUAAGCAAAAUGUUACGAUGGGUAAUUAUUUUGAUAUCCAAGAUCCAAGAAAUGCCAUGAGCGCUGAUUAUGGUGUUACACAUACCCCAAGUAAAUUCAAGAAUGUGGUGCUUUCUUCUGAAACAAGGAACAGGGGGCAAGAGAUAACUAAAGACAAUAAUCAGAAAUCAAAAACGAAAAAUGUGGCUUCCAGAGACGCACAAGACACGCAAAUUGCAUCAAAAACACAAACUGUAUCAGAUGAGUAUUUCAACAACAAUUCUAGUGGAAGGAACAAAGAUAAACUUAACCAAAACAGACAAGAGAGACCUAAACAAGCAAAUAUUCGUGAAUUUCAUUAUUCUAUUUCUCCUCAGCAUUCUCAUUUGCGUGUCCUACAUUUCGGAUUUUCGUCGUCUCUCACCGACGCUAGCGUGAGACAGAUCGCUCGCCAUUGUCCCGAUCUCGUCGAUUUGUCAAUCAGGGGGUGCCACUCUCUCUCCGACUCUGCCAUCCGAUUCCUCCUUCAGAGAUGCCGUCGCAUAGAGACGCUUGACAUAUCUGGCGGAUCAGCAGUGAAGGCUACCAAUCUCACAGACACUUGUCUGUUGGCUGUCGCCGAGUACAGCCAAAACAUUAGAAAACUGUACAUAAUGAAGAAUGAUAUCAUUACUACAGAUGCUGCUAGAGUUGUCAUACAAAAAUGCCGACAUCUUGACUCUAUAUGUGUCUCAUGUAGCAAGAACUCUGCUAUCACGUCACAGAACGCUACAGCUAUGGCAAGAACGUUACCUCGCAGAGUUAGUGUGACGAUGGACAGCCACAUUAGCGCAAAGGGUGCGUUGGUCAUUAAAUGUUUGGAAUAAUGUGUCGACAGACUAGUGAUUUGUCGACGGGCUGGUUUUGUGCGACCACGUAAUCUCAUGUGAAGAUCCGAGGUGCGUGGUUCGACACUCCCUACCCGCGGCGGUUUGUGUUUCUAGGAAAGCUGAGAAACAGGUCGGUCUAUGCUGUUGUGGUUGUGUCCCUUCGGCUUGGGCUAGACACUUCCCCCGAAUGGCUCUUGACGACAUG